AUGUUCAUACAGCAUUAUUCCGCCUCAACAGCAGCAUUAUUCCACCUCAACAGCAGCAUUAUUCAACCUCAACAGCAGCAUUAUUCCAUCUCAACAGCAGCAUUAUUCAACCUCAACAGCAGCAUUAUUCCAUCUCAACAGCAGCAUUAUGCCACCUCAACAGAAGCAUUAUUCAACCUCAACGGCAGCAUUAUUCCAUCUCAACAGCAGCAUUCUUCCACCUCAACAGCAGCAUUAUUCCAUCUCAACAGCAGCAUUAUGCCACCUCAACAGCAGCAUUAUUCAACCUCAACAGCAGCAUUAUUCCAUCUCAACAGCAGCAUUAUUCCAUCUCAACAGAAGCAUUAUUCCAUCUUAACAGCAGCAUUAUUCCACCUCAACGGCAGCAUUAUUCAAUCUCAACGGCAGCAUUCUUCCACCUCAACAGCAGCAUUAUUCAACCUCAACAGCAGCAUUAUUCAACCUCAACAGAAGCAUUAUUCCACCUCAACAGCAGCAUUAUUCAACCUCAACAGCAGCAUUAUUCCAUCUCAACAGCAGCAUUAUUCAACCUCAACGGCAGCAUUAUUCAAUCUCAACGGCAGCAUUCUUCCACCUCAACAGCAGCAUUAUUCAACCUCAACAGCAGCAGCAUUAUUCCACUUCAACAGCAGCAGCAUUGUUCAACCUCAACAGCAGCAUUAUUAA